GAAACAACUUCUCCAAGAAACCCUUUUGUAUCUCUCUCUCUCUCUCUCUCUCUCUCUCUCUCUCUCUCUGUGUUGUGUUCUCAGACAUGGAGAAAUUCUCAAGAUCCAAAUCAAGCAGAGAAGGUCCAGCUGGAUCAGUAGAGCCAAGAACCAUGCAUGAGCUGAGGAGUCACAGCACUUCUGGGUAUAACCCUCCGCAAAAUCGUGAUACCGACUUUAAGGAGGUGAAGAUCAAGAAGAGUGGGUCAUCAUCUUCAAAGAGGAAUUGGAGUUUGAUUGUUGACCCAGAACUGCAGAGGAAGAAGAGAGUUGCUGGGUAUAAGGCAUAUGCAGUGGAGGGGAGAAUGAAGGGUUCUUUCAGGAAGAGCUUUAGGUGGAUCAAGGAUACCUGCAACCAUCUUGUUCAUGGAUUUUGGUGAUUUGUUUUGUCCGUCUUUGCGAUUGGGGUGAGUAUUAUUGUAAUUUUCUCUUUUCUUCGUUUUUUCUUUGGGGGGUUUCAGGGUUUCUUGUGGUUAUAUGCAGCUUUGCUGCAGUGCAGUAUGCAAGGAUGAUGUUGAGGAUGUUUUGAAAUUUGGAAAUCUUGAGAAAGGAUUGAACUAUGGGAUACUGAUGAUUUUUGGGUUGUAAUGAAAUGAGGUAGUUGAAUACAUCAUCUGUUUCUUGAUGAUCAUCAAGGGUUGUGUAGUUCUUGAUGACGGUGAUCAAGAAUUCACGAGCGCACGGAUUUAGCUUCUGAGAAACCAAAAUUCUGUGUUUUGAUUGUAUAUAUUCUUUCUGGUAAUAAGUUUGUGAUUACAAGUGGUCUUAUUU